AUGGACCCUACUGGACCUCUCCGGCUGUUACUUCUGCCGUUGCUCCUGAUGGGGACCGUGCUGGGAGAUGGUGUUCAGGAGGCACCAGGAAACAAUGCGGAGAUCUGCCUCCUGCCCCCGGACGAAGGGCCCUGCCGGGCCCGGAUCCCCAGUUACUACUACGACAGGUACACACAGAGCUGCCGCAAGUUCAUGUACGGGGGCUGCGAGGGCAACGACAACAAUUUCGAAACUUGGGAGGCCUGCGAUGAAGCUUGCUGGAGGAUAGAGAAAGUUCCCAAAAUUUGCAGGUUGGAAGUCAGUGAGGGGCAGUGUGGAGAGCCCAGAGAAGAGUAUUUCUUCAAUCUCAGUUCCAUGACAUGUGAAAAAUUCCUAUCUGGCGGGUGUCACAGCAAUGAGAACAGGUUCCCAGAUGAGGCUACCUGUAUGGGCUUCUGUGCACCAAAAAAAAGUCCAUCAUAUUGCUAUAGUCCAAAAGAUGAAGGACUAUGCUCGGCUAACGUGACUCGCUAUUAUUUUAAUCCGAGACACAAAGCUUGUGAGGCCUUCACCUAUACUGGCUGUGGAGGGAAUGAGAAUAACUUUAUUAACAUGAAGGAUUGCAAACAUGUUUGUGUAAAAGCUUUGAAGAAGGAAAAGAAUAAGAAGAUGCCAAAACUUUUCUUUGCUAACAGACGGGUGAAGAUUUGGAAGAGGCAAUUUUAACUUUUUUUUUCUAUAUUUCAUUUUGUGAAUGCUACUGCCUUUACGGUUAUAUCUGAAUAAUAAUAUAACAUGGGUAAAUGAAUCAUUAAUGAUUUACUUGCCAGUUUUUAUUGCUACAGGUUACUUUUUUGUAUAUUUUUAUACAUAACCAGCUGCUAUUCAAAUGUGAAUCUAUUAUUUUUAAUUUACUGUUCACCUAUAUGAGGCUGAAUUCUUACUGUGCGUAAGAUAUAAAAGCAAAUAUGACUCACCCAAUUCUUGGGGUUGUUCUUCCUGAAAUCAGAAGGUG